CUAGAGGCGCGGCGCCCGGCGCCGUGCGUCCACCGCGAAAACGAACGAGCCCGAUAAAUUAAAAGUGCGUGGCUUAGCCUCUGGACAGCCAUCAGCCACAGCGCAGUACCAGUACCACCGCUGCGGCAGGAGGAGCUAUAGCUAGGCUAGCCCGCGGCUUAUGGUUAUGGCGAAGCGGCUGAAAGGCGGCAGCGAGGAGUACAACAUCGACGAGGCAACGAAGGAGUGGCACGGGCGGGGCGCCGUCGGCACCAGGCUGUACAACGCCUUCGCCGUCGCCGGCCUCCGCGUCGACGCCAUCGACCCCGGCCGCGCCCGCUUCUCCUUCACCGUGCCUCCUCGCCUCACGAACGGAAGGAAGCACAUGCAUGGGGGCGCGGUGGCAUCCCUGGUGGACCUAGCGGGGUCGGCGGCGUUCUUCGCCGGCGGCUCGCCGGCGACGGGGGUGUCCCUGGACAUCACCGUCUCCUUCCUCGGCGCCGCACGCGCGAACGAGGAGAUCGAGAUCGAGGCGAAGGUCCUGGGCAUCGGCGAGAGGACAGGGUGCGUGACCGUGGAGGUGAGGAGGAAAAGCACCGGCGAGGUGCUCGCGCACGGCCGGCACACCAAGUAUCUCGCCGUCUCGAGUAAACUGUGAGGCUGGCGUACAAUGAACCGAUGAAACAAUGGAAGUGAUCGAUUGUGUCAACAUUCGACAAUAUUUGGAUGCAUCGGUAUUUCUUUCAUGAGUCCUUUCUUAUAUGUAUUUGGUUGCCUCCUGCAGCAUCAAAUUAAUUUUAUGUUCGGGAAUUGUUGGCAUCUCGCAGUACCGACUAGAUUAAGCCCCUAUUUUUUGACUUCUAGGCUAGCUUAAUUAACAGGUCUCAGAAAUCAUGAUGCCAGACAGGUCGGAGUUUUUCAGGAAUUUCCAUGAAAUUCAGCUCAGCCUUUUUUUAGAAGCCACAUCUAAAUAGGAAAUGGCUCCGAACAGGCUGCUCUCUAAACAGGAAAUGGCCUUUUUCUUUCAUCAGUCAUUUCUAAACGGAGUUUUUUUUUCAUCCGACUAGAGUUUUUCAGGCAUCCUCCUAGUCUCUAAACAGGAAAUGGCUCGGAACCCCCUUGUAAUUUUUGAGAAACCCGUAGAUUAUUGAGGAUACCUCUUAUACACCUCAAGAAUCCCAGAACGGGUAAGAAUUAAAAAAAAUCUUUUUUAUGUAAGUAAGGCUGAUUGACACAGGCCAUGAUCUGUGACUGUUGUAUUCUUGGACAGAACCUUUAGAAAAUACUGAAAGAAUUAAGAAUCUGAGGAACAGACACUCAAACCAUUGCCUCGGUUUCACUUCUUGUUGAAUCUGUACAUUAUUUUUCUGAGGUACAUAUGUUGCCGCAAUGUUCUUUGCUUGUGUGUGAUGGCAAUAUAUGCUCGGUUUGCCCCGCUGCGCAUGCCGAAAGCAAUCCUUUGUUCCAUAUCCAAAGCCAUGCAUAUGGAAAGGCAGAUCCUUUUCAGUUCAUGUUCAUUCUAGCCUUCUCUUUAAUUAGCCUCGUCUCCCGCGUCGGCUCUCAUCCCAACCAGGCAACCAUCUCGUUCUUGCACACGCACUGUCAAUGGCUGACGGAGAAGAAUACAAGGUGCUCAUCGAGCAAGCCAGCAAAGACGCCGACGGUGACCCACACCAAGAAGACGAUGACAGUGAUGAUGACACUUCGAGCUUCAUCUUGCUCGCCAACCUGGUCCUCAGCGGCACGGCCCGGCUCAAUGUCCUCCUCCCGACGGCGACCAUCCUGACAUUCGCCAUCUUCGUGCCUCUCGUCACCGACGAUGGCAAGUGCACCCGUGUCAACCGCAUCCUCACCGCUGCGUUCGUGCUGCUCUGCGCCGCCUCGUGCGUGUUCUUCACGCUCACCGACAGCUUCCGCUCCGCCACGGGCCGCCUCCGCUAUGGCAUCGCCACUCCGACGGGCAUCCGCACAUUCUGUGGUGGCCACCGGAGGAAGGCACCGAGGGAGCCAGAGAAGUACAGGCUGCGGUGGUCGGACCUCUUCCACACUGCCCUGUCGCUGGUCGCGUUCGCCACCUUCGCCGCUUCGCACCACGACAUGGUCCGGUGCUACUACCCCGGCGUGCCCAGGAAGGUGGUGAACACCGUGCCCCUCGUGGUAGGCUUUGUGGUCAGCCUCCUCUUCGUGAUGUUCCCUUCCAGGAGGAGAGGGAUCGGCUACCCUUUCCUUCUCAGAACCGACCUCGUGUACCUACGGCGCUGAAUUUAACAUUUUGGUUGUGGUGGGCAAAUGGGCAAUGCAUGCGAUGCAUCUGAAUCUGAAACCAAGGCAUCUCUGUAACGGGAUGUAUGUAAACCAUGAAUGAUUUAUUGGACCUGUAUAUUUGAAAGGUUCUACUCCGUACAUGAUUGCCUCGUGGAAUUUGAGCCGUAAUGUAUAUGUACAAAUUAUUUCUUGCCAUCCUUGGUAAAAAUAAAAGCUGAAAAGAGAAUGCACGUAAGGCGAGAGAUGAGACGAGGUGUAUGUCUUCAGGUUCAGAAUAACUGCCGUGUGAUGGUU